CACCGUUCUAGCCCGCUGUCUCUAUGCUCCAAAGUUCGGAUUCUUCAGCAAGAGUGACGUCAUCAGGGUGCGCGCCGCCUGCCAGUGUUUGCCCAUGUGUUUGGUGUGAGGAGGGCUGCGAUGGAGCUAGUGCUAAAGCAAGGGCUUCCCAGGCUGAAGUCAUUCAACAGGCUGCAGGUUAUAAUACAGCACUUAAGUAUGUCUGGGACUGCAGAUUCUUCACCUGAGGUUCUGCUUGAGAAAAAAGGGUGUGCUGGUGUUAUAACCAUGAACAGACCCAAGGCUCUGAAUGCAUUAAAUCUUUCCAUGGUUCGGCAGAUAUAUCCACAACUGAAGAAAUGGGAACAAGAUCCUGACACCUUUCUAAUUAUCAUAAAGGGUGCUGGAGAGAAAGCUUUCUGUGCAGGGGGUGAUAUCAGAGCUGUCAGUGAAUCAAGGAGAAGUGGAGACCGUGUGGCCCAAGAUUUCUUCAGAGAAGAAUACACCCUGAACAAUGCCAUUGGUACCUGCAAGAAACCAUAUGUGGCACUUAUUGGUGGAAUUACAAUGGGAGGUGGUGUUGGUAUGUCUGUUCAUGGGCAUUUCAGAGUUGCUACAGAGAAAACCCUUUUUGCCAUGCCAGAGACUGCAUUAGGCCUUUUCCCUGAUGUGGGUGGAGGCUACUUCCUGCCAAGACUUUCAGGGAAGCUGGGCUUUUAUCUUGCCUUGACCGGAUUUAGGUUGAAAGGAAGGGAUGUGCAGAAAGCAGGGGUUGCAACUCACUUCAUAGAAGCAGAAAAGGUGGCUGCCUUAGAAAAAGAUCUGACAGAAUUAAAAUCCCCCUCAAAGGAAAAUGUUGGCGAGAUCUUGGAUUUGUAUCAUAAGAAGUGCAAACUUGAUCAAGAGAAAGAGUUUAUUCUUGCAGAACACAUGGACAAAAUUAACAGUCUCUUUUCAGCAAACAGCAUGGAAGAAAUCAUUCAGAAACUGAAGAAGGAUGGCUCUCCUUUUGCACUGAAGCAACUGGAGACGAUUUCUAAAAUGUCACCAACAUCUUUAAAGAUGACCUUCAGGCAGCUUAGAGAAGGGGCGUCCAUGAACCUUCAGGAAGUAUUGGUUAUGGAGUAUCGAUUGAGCCAAGCAUGUAUGCGAGGCCAUGACUUCUAUGAAGGCGUCCGUACAGUUCUUAUUGACAGAGACCAGUCCCCAAAGUGGAAGCCAGCUACUCUAGAAGAAGUAACCGAUGAAUUUUUGGACUCAUGCUUUCAGUCGCUUGGAACCAAUGAUCUCAAGUUACAAUAGAUUUGGACGGAUGCCAGCCAGAGAAAGUUUUUUAUUGUUGCUUUCUUUAACACUUUGAAUUGUAUGCUUAUGAUUUCAACAGGCAAAGAGAUCAUCGGCAUUGGGUGAAACGCUUAUUGUCGUUAUUUAAUGAAGAGGAGCUACAUUUUUUGGAGAUAAGUUCAGGACUAGAGGGAGUUGUUGGGGAUAAUAAUAGUACUGUAAUCGUAAUAAUAAUAAUACUUUAUUUAUAUUCUGCCCUCUCUCCCCAAGGGGAUGUCACCAUAAAGGCAUUAAAGUUCUAGGAUGGGAGUCGGAUUAUAAUAUCUGCGCAUUUCUACUUCUACAUGUAAAAUAAAACAUAUUAAUAUAAA